GAAACACACCCGGAAGGUGAUGUGUGGGGUGCUGAGCAGAAGAGCAGGUUGGUAGCAGGACAAGGAACGAGUCCGGUGACAGGACAGCAUCACCUGUCAUGAACCCCGCCUCUGACCUUCCUUGGCCCAGGCUUUUGGGGUUACACUUCCGGGAGCCAGGUCUUUCCCAAGUGUCAUCACCAAGUAUGACCAAUGUGAGACCAGGAGAACUAGACCCCAUGGGGCCUGGCUCCCUGAGAGCCUCCCACUUCAGCUGGGUCCAAGGGCCCUGGGGAUCAUGCUCACUGCACCGCCCCACCCCAGAGACCCGAUCCCGUGUCCUCGGCAGCCUGUCUCUGCCCCUCCUCAUGUCAGGCCAGCUGGUUUCCUUGAGCCGCUUUUUGCCUUAAAGACAGCCUCUGGACUUGAAUGCCCACCCCCUUGCUCAGAGCAGUGCAAAGUGGACAAGAGGUGGCCCCUGGAAAGACAAGUGCUGUCCGCUCAGACUCCAUACCCGAACGGGGUUGUCUGUCCGAAAUCCUCAUUCUGGGCCAGGCCUCCCGUGCGAGUGGGCUCCGGGUCCCGGCUCCCAGAGUUCAAAGAACAACUGUGCUAAUGCUGGGCUCAUUGCUUUAAGUGCCGGUGGAGCAGGGGUGUGGGUGGGACACGGGGCAGGGGCCAUAGCCUCCUGCCGGCUUGGUUUCGCAUGCGGUGCUUCUGAUAAGGACCUCGUGGGCCUCAGCAUCCUCCAGUGGAGAGCGGGAGGAGUUCUGGAAAGAUCAGGUCACUCCGUUCCUCAGAGAGGCUGUGCCUGGAGCCUGCGUGCCCCUCUCGGGGUGGCUGAGGGGGCCAGCUGGAGCCCACAGAAAACAAGACUCCGCCAAAUGGCCUGGGAAUGGUCUUCCUGGCUCCGGGGGGGAUGGGGGAGGGGUGGGGUGGGUGUCGGAGCCCUCUCCACCCUAUUUCCUGUUGAGGCAGGGGAAGGGUUAACUCACUGCAGGGUGGGAGUGGGCUACCAGCCCUGGCUCUGGAUGUGCACGUCCUGGGGACAGCCAGCAGGCAGGCCUCCCCCCUCUGCCCGUGCCGCCUGCCCAGCCAGCAGGAAGGGGUUAACAACCCUGCGCUUCCUCCUGUGUCCUGUUACUGCUGAGGCAGACCUGCCCGGCCAGCUGGGCAACUUUCCUCCGAGUGCUGAGUGCUGCCUGCCUGCCGGCUGGGCGGCUAAAAGACCAACGGGCAAGAGGCAGGGCUGCAGCCCCUCCUGGGGACCCUGCCUCCACCCUUCCAAGGGGUCUGCGCCUCCUGGGAGAGGGUGGGCAUCUCCAGGACCGGGGUCCGUGGUGGAUGGCUCUGGGGACGCUCCCGAGGCUGUGCUGUCCCUCUGCCGCGCAGGUCGGAAGGUCACUGCAGAGGCUGCUCGUGGUCCCGGGGCUGGGGCCAAGGGAGCCUGCACCGGAGACCCAUGUGGAACCCAAGGACGCAGCCGCCCUGCUGAGAGCUCGGCGGCCCAUCCCUGGAGACCGUGACCUCGAGACGGUGGCCCUCGGCCCUCCACCUCCGGCGGGGGCGGGGGCCGCCCAUCUCCAAGUCCCCAGCCAUGACGACCUCAGCGCUGCGGCGCCAGGUGAAGAACAUCGUGCACAACUACUCGGAGGCCGAGAUCAAGGUGCGCGAGGCCACCAGCAAUGACCCGUGGGGCCCGCCCAGCUCGCUCAUGUCGGAGAUCGCCGACCUGACCUUCAACACGGUGGCCUUCGCCGAGGUCAUGGGCAUGCUGUGGCGGCGGCUCAACGACAGCGGCAAGAACUGGCGGCACGUGUACAAGGCGCUAACGCUGCUGGACUACCUGCUCAAGACGGGCUCCGAGAGGGUGGCCCACCAGUGCCGUGAGAACCUCUACACCAUCCAGACGCUCAAGGACUUCCAGUACAUCGACCGCGACGGCAAGGACCAGGGCGUCAACGUGCGCGAGAAGGUCAAGCAGGUGAUGGCCUUGCUCAGGGACGAGGAGCGCCUCCGGCAGGAGCGGACCCACGCCCUCAAGACCAAGGAGCGCAUGGCGCUGGAGGGCAUGGGCAUCGGCAGCGGGCAGCUGGGCCUGGGCCGCCGCCACGGAUCUCCGUCCUCCUACAACUCCUCCUCCUCAUCCCCCCGCUACACGUCCGACUUGGAGCAGGCCCGGCCCCAGACGUCAGGAGAAGAGGAGUUGCAUCUGCAGCUGGCCCUGGCCAUGAGCCGCGAGGAGGCUGAGAAGCCCGUCCCCCCAGCCUCCCACAGGGAUGAGGACCUGCAGCUGCAGCUGGCUCUGCGCCUGAGCCGGCAGGAGCACGAGAAGGAGGUGAGGUCCUGGCGGGCAGAGGACUCCCCUGUGGCCAAUGGUGCUGGGGCUGCAGUUCGCCGUUGGCAAGACAAAGAGCCAGAGAGAGAAGAGGGAAAGGAGGAGAAGCUGAAAACCAGCCAGUCUUCCAUUCUGGACUUGGCAGACAUCUUUGUACCUGCCCCGGCCCCGCCCUCCACACGCUGCUCUGCUGACCCAUGGGACAUCCCAGGUCUCAGGCCGAACACAGAGCCCAGUGGCUCCUCCUGGGGGCCUUCCGCAGACCCCUGGUCUCCUGUCCCCUCGGGAAGUGCCCUGUCCAGAAGCCAGCCCUGGGACUUGCCCCCUAUGCUCUCCUCCUCAGAGCCCUGGGGCCGGACCCCAGUGCUGCCUGCCAGACCCCCAUCCACAGACCUCUGGGCACAGAACUCCCCCCAUCACCAACUCACCGACACUGGGGCUGACCCUUGGGGAGCCUCAGUGGAGACCUCCAAUGCACCUGCUCUAGGUGGUACCUCACCUUUUGACCCAUUUGCCAACCCUCCAGUAUCCACAGAGACCAAGGAGGGGCCGGAGUGUGCCCAGGCCCUGCCUUCGGGAAAGCCGGGCAGUCCUGUGGAGCUGGACCUGUUUGGAGACCCCAUCCCCAGUUCCAAGCAAAAUGGCACCAAGGAGCCAGAAUCCUUUGACCUGGGUGUACUGGAGGAAGCGCUAACCCAGCCCAGUAAGGAGGCCCGAGCAUGCCGGACUCCUGAGUCUUUCCUGGGCCCUUCGGCCUCCUCCUUGGUCAACCUUGAUUCAUUAGUCAAGGCGCCCCAGGCUGCAAAGACGCGAAACCCUUUUCUGACAGGUCUCAGCGCUCCAUCCCCCACCAACCCGUUCGGUGGGAGCGAGCAGGCCAGGCCGACCCUGAACCAGAUGCGCACCGGGUCGCCCGCGCUAGGCUUGGCGGCCGGCGGGCCGGUCGGGGCGCCCUUGGGCUCCAUGACCUACAGCGCCUCCCUGCCUCUCCCGCUCAGCAGCGUGCCAGCCGGCGUGACCCUCCCCGCCUCGGUCAGCGUCUUCCCGCAGGCCGGCGCCUUCACGCCGCCGCCCGCGAGCCUGCCACAGCCCCUGUUGCCCACGUCGGGCUCCGCGGGGCCGCUCCAGCCGCCCCCGCAUCCCGGCACCAACCCCUUCCUCUGAGCGCAGCCCCGCCCUGCCCCGGCUGGCCGGCGCAUGCGCGAGGCCCCGUCCCCGGCGCGGGGCGGGGCUGUCACCCCAGGACCCGCCCCCGGGAAGGCCGGAAGGGCUGACUCCGCCCCCAGUCCCGCCA